UUGGCUGGGAACUGAACUCAGGACCUCUGGAAAGAGCAAUCAGUGCUCUUAAUGGCAGAGCCAUCUCCAGGCUCUCUUGUAUUAUUCUUCACCACUUAUUUUUUCCUUUACUUUUAUGUUGAGGAAUUCCAUUUACAUCCUUAGGGUUACAAUGUAAUUGUAUUCAUGGGCAAUUAUUUUAAAUUUUUUUAACUUCUACUUUAUUGCAUGUGUGUUGUGUGCAUGUGUGUGCACAUGUAUGUGUGUGCAUGAGGAAGCUAGAUAUACUUUCCACUUUGUUUAUUGAGGCAGAGCCUCUCAACUGAUCUGAGAGCUUGGUGAUUUAGCUAGUCUAAGUUUACCGGCUUCCCUCAGAGAAUCUCUGUACUUGUCUCCUGAGUACUGUGACUACAGCCAGCCAACAUACUUAUCCAACUUUUAAAUGGGUCCUGCGGAUCUGAACUCUGGUCCUCAAGCUUAUGGGGCAAGAGAGCUUUAGUCACUGAACCAUCACCCCAGAUUUCACGAUAAAUUACUUUUGAAAAAAAUUAUUGGGGGCUGGAGAGAUGGCUCAGAGGUUCAGAGCACUGGCUGCUCUUCCAGAGGCCCUGAAUUCAAUUCCCAGCAACCACAUGGUGGCUCACAACCAUCUGUAAUGGGAUCUGAUGCCCUCUUCUGGCGUGCAGAUGCACAUGCAGGGAGACUAUUGUAUACAUAAUAAAUAAAUAAAUCUUUAAAAAACAAAUUAUUAGGCCAUCCCAGCAGAGAAGGCCCAGGCAGGAGGAUCUCUGUAGGCUUGAGGCCAACCUGGUCUACAUAGCGAGUUCCAGAAGCUAGGACUACAUAGACCCUAUCUCAAAAUACAUAUGAAAGGUAUCUAUUUCUAUUAAUGUGUAUAUAUGGGUGCCUAUGUGAGUUUAUGCGACUAUAUUCACGUAGGUGCCCUUAGAGACCAGAAGAAGGUAUUUAAGGAGAGUUACAUGUGGUCAUGGACCAUCAUGUGGACACUGGAUAACUGCAAGAGCAAUAAAUGCUCUUAGCCACUGAGCUAUCUGUUCAGCCCCCUUAAAGGCGAAUUCUUUGUUGUUGUUGUUGUGUUGUUUUAUUUUGUUUUCUGAGACAGGGUUUGUCUGUAGACCUGGCUGUCCUGGAAUUCUGUAGACCAGACUGACCUUAAACUCACAGAGAUCCACCUGCCUCUGCCUAGGAUUAAAGGUAUGUACCACCACCACCUGGCCUCAUUCUGUAUUCUUUUAAUAGUUUAAACUUCUUCAUAAAAAAUUCUAGAAGUCACAGCUACAAUUUUAGAGGUAAGACUAAUGGGAGAGAGAGAUGGUUGAGCAUAUGAUGUAAGUAGAGAUGGCUCUGGUGUUUGGUGCUGUCUCCAAAGAACAAGCGUGUCAGCUCUUACUCUUUCCUUUUCCCAGUCUCCAGGCUUCUUUGCUUAGAACGUAACUGCAAUGCAUAACCUUCACCUGAAUUUAGGACGGUGAGUGGCUAAUUAUAACAGUAAUGUGGGGCUGGCAAGAUGGCUCAGAGGUUCAGAGCACUGACUGCUCUUCCAAAGGUCCUGAGUUCAAAUCCCAGCAACCACAUGGUGGCUCACAACUAUCCGUCAUGAGAUCUGACGCCCUCACAGUGUACUCACAUACAUUUAAAAAAAAAAAAAACUUAAAAAAAAACCAACAGUAAUAUGCUUAUUGAAGAAAAGCUUAUUUUUAGGUUAGACAGGGAAUAUGCAUGAUUAUGCUCUUAAAAACUUAAGGCAAUUGAAUGGAAAACAUGGAAUAUGUAAAAACACCACAAUUAAUAGAGCCUGAUGAAAAAUUUUUUAAAAAGUAAGUCCCACUAAAAUCCUGAAAUAAGUCAUUUGAUAUUACUUAAAAUAAGUUGGGCAUUCUUUAAAAAUUGAAAGUUGAAAUGAGAAGUAAGUCAUUUAUUCUUGCCUUCAUGUAAAAUUUAAGUAGUGUUAGGGUCCAAGAAUCGCUAAAGAAUGAUGCCCCACACUUAGAUAGUAUGCAAAAGCAAAGAGUGUACAUGCAGGGGUCUUCCCAUUUGGGAAUGGAGAUCUCUGGUGGCCUCGCAGGCCCAACUUUUAUUGUCAGGAGAAUUCCAGGGUGGGAUAUGUGCCCUUUUACCUUGAUUGGUUAGCUUUAUCUCCAGGGUCUGACUGAUUGUACAAUUGAUUAGGCUCUGGAGACUUUCCAGGGGGUUGCAUACUCCUUCUGGCUAUCUCUUCUUACUUCAUGCCAGAUGACAAGGUGUCCUCAGAUUGGCUGCCUGAGGCUGUGGUUGGCUGAUCACAGGUUCCUGGGCCAGUGUUCUCAUUUCUGGGAAGCAGAAACUUAGGCCUAUUCUCAUUUUGUAGCUUGUCAUGGAGUCAGUCUGCCUCUGGCUAGCUCAGUCCUUGUAGUAGCUUUAGUUGUUGACAGAAAGUUUUUCUUUUUAAUAUCUUUAUGAGUAUGUUUGAGUGCCUGCAUGUAUGUCUGUGUACCACUUAUGUGCUUGGUGCUGUUCGAAGUCAGAACAGGGUGUUGAAUCCCCUGGGACUAGAGUUACUGUCAAUUGUGAGCUACAAUGGGUGCCUAGGAACUGAACUCAAACUCCGUGCAAGAGCAAAAGUACAUAGAGCUGCUGAGUCAGCUCUCUAGUCGCCAGAAAGGUUUUCUAAGGAAAAUUCCGUAAAGAAACAUAGAAUCAGAUAAUCACCAGUUUGUGACUCCGAAAGAAAUAAGUGAUGAGAUAUUGAUCACUAAUGAAUAAAACUCCUGGAUUAAUUUAAAGAGAGAAUCUCUCAGCAAGGGGAUCAGGCUUCAGUUCCCACAGACAUUUGUGUAUAUUCUGUGCAUGAAGUAUGUGCUAAAUAAAUAACAUGGACAGAACAUUUUGCUAGAAAUGCAGAUUCUGCUUCUAAUGUAGGGUUGCCAGAUUUAGACCAAACAAAAUUCAAUUUGAAUUUCAAAUAAGCAGUGAAUGAUUUCUUUAGUAUUAAGCUACAUGCUUUGAAACACACUUAUUUUUUCUUUUUAAAAGAAGUCAGAGGAACAGAAAGAAAAAGGGGGUAAAGUUUGUGUUGGGGGAGGGGACAUGAGAGUGCCUUUCAAGAAAACUUAAGCAUAAUAAUCAAGUGUAUGGAACUCGCUUAGAUUCUGGUUUGAACAAAAUUUAUUUUUGUAAAAAGAUAUUCUAGAGCCAGAAAGUUUAUUGGGUAAAAACAUUUGCCACAAAAGUCUGGCUACCUGAAUUCAAUCCUGGAGCUCUUGUGGAUAAAGAGAACUGACUCCCACACUUUGUCCUCUGACCUCCACAUGCACACCAUGGCAUGUGGCUAUCACACACACUUGUAUAUAUUUAAAAAAUAUUUGAGCUGAGCAUUGUGGUAUAUACCUUUAAUCCCAGCAUUCUGGAUAUAGAGCCAGGAGGAUCUCAGUAUGUUCAAGGCCGUUCUGAUCUGCAUAGCAAGUUUCACAGGGCAGCCAAGGCUACAAAGAGAGACCCUGUCUCAAAACAAACAAAAAUUGAUAAAAAUAUUUAUGGCUAUGGACUGAGUAUACGAAAACAGAAUCAUAAAGGCAGGCGGAUUUCUGAGUUCGAGGCCAGCCUGGUCUACAGAGUGAGUUCCAGGACAGCCAGGGCUACACAGAGAAACCCUGUCUCGAAAAAACAAAAAAAAAAAAAACCAAAAAAAAAGAAAGAAAGAAAGAAAGAAAGAAAGAAAGAAAGAAAGAAAACAGAAUCAUUUUAAAUUUUAUUAACUAUAAUAAAUCACAUAAUUAUGGUUAUUAUAUAAACAUUUACACUUAGAAAAUGAAUUUACAGAUGAAAUGACAUAUCUUCAAUUUACUUUAAAAUAUAUUUCAAGAAAGAAAAAAUGAAUCAAGGAAGCAAGUGUGGCAGAUUUUCGUACCUGAAGAGCUAUGGGGUGAAUAACGUGUUAUGGUAUUAUGCUAUUAUUAUACUAUGCUAUUAUACUAUGUACUUUUGUGAUACUUGAAUUUUUAUUACUUUUAAAUGCUGUAGGUGCUUACUGUGCCUAUUUUAUACCAAGCACCUGGUAGAUACUAUAAAGAAUCUAUCACAAAUACAUUUGAACAUGUUUGUAGAAUAUAUUAGCAUACCUAAUUUCAUGAUGUACUGAAGUCUUAGGUUUUAAAUGUAAAAAGAGGGCGGAGGGAUAACUCUGUGUUGAGUGCUUGCCUAGCAUGUAUAAGGUUUUGGGUUGGUCUCUAUCUUAGUUGGGGUUUCUAUUGCUGUGAAGAGACACCAUGACCAAGGCUACUUAUAAAGGGCAAAAUUUAGUUGGGGCUGGCUUACAGUUUCAGAGGUUCAGUCUAUUAUCAUCAAGGGAGAAAGCAUGGCAGCAUCCAGGCAGGCACUGGAGGAGUUGAGAAUUCUAUAUGUUGUUUCAAAAGCAAACAGGAGGAGACUGGCUUCCAAGCAGCUAGAAGAAAGUUCUCUCAAAGCCCAACCCCACAGUGAUACACUUCCUUCAACAAGGCCACACCUAAUAGUGCCACUCCCUGGGCUAAGCAUAUUCAGAAUACCACAGUCUCUAACAUUGCAGAAAACCCUAAAACAAGACAUAACACAAGAGUCAUAGUUGUUAAAUAAUUUGACCAUGUAUGUCACCUCUGCUUGGUUUCAAUUUCUUUUUUCCUUUCCUAAGAUUUAUUUACAUAUAUGAGCACCCUAUUUGCGUGUAUGCCUGCAUGACAGAAGAAAGCAUCAGACAGAAGAGGGCAUGAGAUCCCCUUAUGGAUGGCUGUGAGCCAUCACAUAGUUGCUGGGUGUUGAUCAGCACCUGUAGAUGAGCAGCCAUCUCCACAGCUCUGCUUCUCAGGGUCCUAGCAGAGCUGGACUGGAUGCUGGUUUAUGCCCCCUAAUCUAGUAAUCUGUAUUAGUACUCUUUGGUUUACCGAGUUAUUUAAAAUGAAGAUCUAUCUUAUUUGACAUCUUAAAAUAAGAAUACCCUCUGCCUUUACAUUUUUUUCUUUUUUUUAAGUAUUUAUUUUUUUAUUAGAUAUUUUCUUUAUAUACAUUUCAAAUUUCAAAUGCUAUCCCGAAAGUUCCCUAUACCUUCCUCCCGCCCUGCUCCCCUACCCACCCACUCCUGCUUCUUGGCCCUGGCAUUCCCCUGAUGCCUUUACAUUUUUAGAAUGAUUUCUUAUUGCAUUUUAAUUUACUUUGUGUGUAGACAUGUGUUGCAUAUUGUAUGUGUGGAGAGGACUGCUUAUGGGAAUUGACUCUCCUCUCACCACUGAGCCAUUGUUGCUAGCUCUCCACCUUAUUUUUUUAGACAGACUGGAGCUCACCUAGACUGGCUGGCCAGCAUAGAGGGUCUUCCUGUCUUUGUUCCCCAGGGAUUACAGACAUACUCUGUUACACCUAGUUUUGCGGGUGUGUGUGUGUGUGUGUUUUGUUUAUUAUUUAUUUACAAACCCAAAUGUUGUCCCCCAUUCCCUCUCACAGAAUUCUUUUCUCCAUUCCCCUCUCCAUUUCACUUCUGAGAGGGUGCCCCUCACCCUGUAUCCCCCUACCCUAAGGCAUCAAGUCUCUACAAGAUUAGGCACAUUCUCUCCCACUGAGGCCAGACAAGGCUACAUAUGUGCUGGGGGCCUCAGACCAGCCCAUGUAUGCUCUUUGGUUGGUGGUGAGACAGGAUUUCUCUAUGUAUACCUUUAGCUUACCUGGAAUUCACUCUGUAGAUCAGCUGGUCUCAAACCUACAGAAAUCCACUUGCUUCUGCAUCUUUGAGUGCUGGGAUUAAAGAUGUGUGCCACCACUGCCUGGCAUAACCUUGUUUUUAUGUGGGUGUUGGAGAUCCAAACUUAAGUUUUCAUGCUUAUACAUCAAGCACUUUAUCCACUGAGCUGUCUAUCCAGCUGUGAAAUAUGCUUUUUUAAAAAUUAAUUAUAGGGUCAUGGAGCUGGAGAGAUAGCUCUGUGAUUAAAGAGCAUUUGCUGCUCUUGGGAAGUCCCAGGUUCAAUUCCCAGCACCCACAUGGUAUCUCAGUAACUCCUUGGUAGCACAUGUAACUCCAGUUCUAGGGGAUCCAAUGACAUUUUGUGACCUCUGAGAGCAUCAGGCACACACACAUGAUGUACAGAUGCACAUAUAGGUAAAAUAGUAAUAUACGUAAAAAUUGUAAAUGGUUGCAUAGUUUCAAAUUUAAACACAAGCAUAAUACUAGGUCUUGCUUCGGUAAUGGAGACAUCAGUGAAAUACAAGUCACAAUAGAAAAGAAAGUAACUACCAACAUUAUUGCCAUGUAAUAGUCUACUUCUUUUGCUUAUCCACUAGUAUUACCCAUUCCCCUUCCUGUAAGAGACUACUGUCAUUACUUGCACAAUCUGCCAAGGAUAUGCCUGAUAAGCAAAGAUAGAGUUCCAUUUUGGAUCAGUUAACUUUCUCUUUAACAAAUGAUGCCUGUAUGAACUAGUCUGUACUUAGCAAUAUAUUGAAAAGCUUUUUCUUUCUUCAAUAACUAUUGGAGAGUUAAGUUUUGUAAUUGCUUCAUAGUAUUAUUACACUUGAAAGACAACUGUAAUUUAGCUAGUCUUCAUUGCUUUGCACUUACCAAUAGUGAUAUAAUGACUUUGUACUUCUGUGAUUUUACAUUUAUACACAGUAGCUGUAGGAUGCUUCUAGAGCUAGGUAGUGGGUAGUUGCUGGAUAGUGAAUUUGCCUACAACAUUUUUCUAUUUAUGUAUUUAUUUUAUCUUAGUUUUUAGAGACAGGGUUUCUCUAUUGUAGCCCUGGCUGUCUUACUUUGUAAACCAGGCUGGACUUGAAUUCAGAGAUCUGCCUGCUUCUGCCUCCUGAGAGCUGGGAUUAAAGGUAUGUACCACUAGUCUUGGCUUAAAACUUUAUUUUUAUAUGUAUUUAUUCAUUGUGUGAGUGAUAUGUACAAAUCACAAUAGGAAAGACAGCAGCUAACACUUCUUGGUAUGUAAUGGCCGACUUCUAUGUACAUAUAUUAUAUGUGUACGCGUUUGUAUGUAUGCAUAUACUUGUGAUGAGCAGACACCAGAAGAGGACAUCAGAUGCCUCAGAAUUGAAAAUAUUGGCAUUUGAAGGUUGCCCAGUUUGUUAUGUGGGUCCUGGGAUCUAAACCCCAUUGCCUGAAGAGCAAUCACUGCUAACCUCUGAACACUAGCUCCAGAGCCCAGCGCCUUGCUCAUACUAAGCAUGCACUCCACCACUGAUGUCCCUCCACAGCCUUUACAUUGGACUUUUUGACAGAGAUAGAUCAGUAAGUAAAAUUAUCAUCUGAGUAAAACUUUCAAUGCAUCUAUCCCCCAAAUCUGGAAGUUUAUUUUGUUUGUUUGUUUUGUUUUGUGGCUCAGUGGUAGAGUUCAAAUGUUUUUGUUUGAAGUUGCAGGAGUAAUUCUGAUGUUUGUUUCAGGUGUUAAAGAAGGGAUGAACUUUUGUAAAAUGGAAUGCAAUUACAGAGAAGCAUGUUAAAUUUGAAAACAACAGAACUAACUGUAGUGCUCAUAAAAGUGGGAUGGUGCCGGGAGGUGGUGGCGCACGCCUUUAAUCCCAGCUCUUGGGAGGCAGAGGCAGGCAGAUUUCUGAGUUUGAGGCCAGCCUGGUCUACAAAGUGAGUUCCAGGACAGCCAGGGCUAUACAGAGAAACCCUGUCUCAAAAAACCAAAAAAAAAAAAAGAAAAGAAAAAGUGGGAUGGCUGCAGCUGUGCUAGAAGAACUUCCAUGGCUACUUUAAUCUACAUAUUCAAAUUACUGCUAUUUUAAAAUUAUUAUAUCUUUCUCUUCCCAUGAUAUUAUAGGUUAUACAAGUGUUUCAAAAUAAAUGGUUUAGUCUCGUUUACUUAUUGGGAAUGCAGUAGAGGCUGUGAUUAUCAGAUUUGAACUGAGAAAUGUUUGCUAUGGCACCAAGGGAAUUGGUGUGCAAAAUACAGAAUCUUAUGCCGCCUGGGCAUAGCACUAACAGUCUGUUCCCAGGGGCUAGCUGAACCAAGUAGAGAGUGCAGCUGCUUAGUAUUUACUUAAAUCAAAACACUGAAGGGAGAAUAAGUUCUAUUCUAUUCUAUUCUUAAAUGCUAGGUGGAUAAAGUAGGAGAAAUACAGAAAUAAUAAUAGCAAUGGUAAUAACUGCCAACACUUAUUAAACAUGGAACAUUGAAUGUGUCCUAGCCAUUAUGCUGGGUUUGUUUGUCUGUCACUCAGAUGGGCCUCAGACUUGCUCUCUAACCAAGAAUAUCUUGAACUUCUAAUCUGCCUGUGUUUACCUCCCAAGUGUUAGAAUUACAGGUCUAGUUACCAGGCCUAGAGUUUUGCAGUGCUUGGGAGCAAACCUAUGGGUUUUUUUUUAUGCAUGUUAGUCAAGGAUGAUAUAAACUGAGCCCCAUCCCUCAACCUCUGGUAUUUCUUUAUUCAGUCAGAAGAAUUUAGGGAUUCUGUUGUCUUUUUUUCCUCUCCAGUGUCUUGAAGCAAGGUGUUAUUUUAUACUCCAAACCAACUUCAAACUUUGUAUAUAGCUCUGUUGCUAGGGCUGACCUCAAAUUCAUUGCAGCCCUCUCUCUGUUUAAGUGCUUGGACUACAGGUCUACACUACCAACCCACCCCACAUAUCUUUGAGGGGUGGAGGAGGUACAUAUACCCAUGAAGGUGAUAAUGAGUGGAUCUCUUAGUUGCUCUCUGACUUUGUGUGUGUGUGUGUGUGUGUGUGUGUGUGUGUGUGUGAGAGAGAGAGAGAGAGAGAGAGAGAGAGAGAGAGAGAGAGGGCGGGGAGGUGGGGACAGAGGAGAGAGAGAGAGCUUUUCUUGAAUCUGGCACAGGAUCUUUCUGGAACUUUUAGACUAGACUCAGGCAGUCUGGCUAGCCAGAGCCUCCUAUUUGCACCUGCCCAGCACCACAGUCACACACUACCAUGCCUGCCUUUUCUUCAUGUUUGUAAGUGAGAAGGUGCUUUACUGACUGAGCUGUCUUCCCCAGGCCCCAAAUAUCUUUUUAAACAAAGGAAAAACAGGGUCUCAUAGCCCAGGCUGGCCUUGAGCUUGCAGUGAUUCCCCUAGGCUCAGUGUUGGGAGUUUAGAUGCCCAGCUUCUGUGGCAUCCUAAUGCAAAGUAGAAAAACAAUGAUCUUCUGCAAACACACUAAGUGAUUGUGACUUGUUGCACACGUACACCUCCUCUGUAGGGUUGUGUGAUAAUGAACAACUACAUUGCCAGAGCAGUGGCUGCUGUGUAUUAAAUACUAGAUGUUGUCAUGGUGUCUGAAGUUUUCAAAUACAUCAUGUAUUCCCUGGUAGGGGCCAACUUGUUCAUGGUAGAAAAACACAGUGUCUUUCUAGUAAAGACAGAUAUUCUAGGUAAGGGAAAAGCCAGGAAUAAAGGGAUUGGUCAUUUUAGUUUUGCUACUAUGUAAGAUGUUUGGAGGUAAAGUGAUAGAAAAAAACAAACAAACCCCCAAACCCUACAUCUAGAAAUGAAAAUCUCAUUUUGGGGAAAAGCUCUUAAGCUGUCUUGAAAAGAUGGGUGUAGCACACACACAGCGACAAGUGAUGAGAAGGACCUGGCAUUUUCGUUGCUGGUAAGAAUGAAAAUAGUACAGCCAGCUUAAAAGGUAGCUUGGCAGUUUAUUAUAAAACUACACAUCUUAUACAAUCCAGUAAUUAUGCACCUUGACAUUACAUAACGGAGUUGAAAAUUAUGUCCACAUGAAAACUGCAUUGGUAUUUUUAGAAGCUUUAUUCUUAAUUACCCAAAUGAUAAGCAUCCAAAAUGUCCUUCAUUAAUUGAACAAAUAAAUAAACCAGGACACACUCACAUGUGGAAUGGGUUUUUAGCAGUGAAAAGAAACAAGCUAACAAGCCAUAAAAAGACUUGGAGGAAAUCUAAAUUAUGAAAUGCAAAGGCCAGUCUAAAAGCUGACAUGCCACAUGCUUCCAGUGAUAUGACAUUCUGGAGAAGGAAGAUCUGUGGAGGCAGAAAAAAGAUACAUGCCUUUAAUCCCAAUGCCUGAGGAGGCCGUGGCAGGCAGAUCUCUGUGCAUUGGAGGUCAACUUAAUCUACAAUUGUGGGUUCCAGGACAGCCAGUGCUACACAGUGACCCCUGCCCCACUCUCCAUCUGCCUCACAGAUCAUUAGUUACCAUGAAGUCGGUGAGUGGGAAGGAUGAGGAGACAGAGCACAGGAGUUUUGGUGCAAUCAGACUUCCCUGUGUUACUCACAUAGAAAAUACAUGAAUUGUUUAUUCAAAUUCACAAGUUCUCUAACACUAGAUAAGAACUCUAACUAAGCUGUAGGCUUUGGGUAAUGAUCCUUUAUCAGUGUAGGUCCAUUAGUGGAGAAAAGAGUACAUGUGUGAGACUAGAUAUUUGGCAAAUUUCUGUAACUUACUACUAAGUUUUUCUGUGAACCUAAAAUAGCUCCAAAAUCUUAACAAAGGACAAACUUUCAGAAGUGAAAUUGUAGUUACUGUUAUAUAACAAUCUAGCCCCAAACUUGGUAGCUCAAAACAAUUGUCCUUUAAUUUGCUCAAAGCUCUGAGUGUCAGUGAUUUGGACCAAGCUUAGUAGUUCUUCACUUGAUCUCACUCGCAGUCAUUCCUAUGGCUGUAACUGUCUAGUGCAGUGGUUCUCAAUCUCUGGGGUUCUCAGCCCCUUUAGGGGUGAAUGACCCUUUCACAUGGGUCACCUAAGAUCAUUGGAAAACACAGAUAUUUACAUUACAAUUCAGAACAGUAGCAAAAUUAGUUAUGUGGCAAUAAAAAUAAUUUCAUGGUCACCAUUCCAUGAGGAACUAUAUUAAAGGGUGGCAGCAUUAGGAAGGUUGGGAACCACUGCUCUUAUGGCAGCCCUCCAGUUGGAUAGUCUUAGGAUGGCUUCUCUUGCACCUGGGUCUUUUGGCCAUCAAAGUAGUAGUGGUAGUGCAUGAUCCUCCGGCUAUUGGCUAGACUUCUUAACAUGGCAGUAGAAGAAUUCUCACAGCAGUAGAAGCUAAGGUGGCUCUCCAGCCUUUCAUGGCAGUCUAUUUCACUGUAUUCUAUUACUCAGAAGAAGUUAGAAGGCCAUUGUAGAUGCUAAAGGAAGAGAACUAUACUCUGCCCUUGAUGGAAGAACUGUAACAAUUUUGCAGAGGGGAAACCUACUACUAACAGAUGUCAGAGUCAGGAUAGGGAGUGUUGCUUGGACCCUUUGGUCUUUUGUUUUGCCUAAUUAUUCAAAGAUCCUUGGUUGUCCUUGUUAUCCUGUCGUUCACACACACACACACACACACACACACACACACACACACACACACAGUCUCUGUCUCUCUGUUGUCUCUCUCUCAGAACAAAAAUAAAUUAAAAUGAAAGCAAUUUUCAAUAAUUAAUUGAGUUUUUGAAAACUCUGAAGGAUCAAACCAUUUUGAAAAAGAGAAUAUAAGGGGCUGGAGCGAUGACCCAGUGAUUAAGAGCACUGGCUGCUCUUCAAGAGGAUCGGGGUUCAAUUCUAAGCACCCACAUGGCAGCUCACAACUCUAGUCUAUAACUUCAGUAGAGAUCCAUUGCUCUUUUUUAGCCUCUGUGGGCAUGUCAGAAUACAUGACGUGACAUACAUGCUGACAAAACACUCAUCCACAUAAAAUAAGUAAACAAUAAUUUUGAAAUUCUUUUUAAAAAGCUAGGCAUGGUGGCUCAUGCUUGUAAUCCUAGUGAUUGGGAAGUCAAGGCAGUAAGACUACACAAGCUUGAGGCCAGUCUGGACUGCAGAGUCAAUGCCAGACCAGGCUAGGCUAUACAGGCUGUACAAACAACUAAGCAGAGGGCUGGGGAGACCACUCAGUAUGUACUAUUUUUCCAGAGGACUCAUGCUUAGGUGCUAGCACUUCAGCUCCAGGGGAUACAACACUGUUUUCUAGCCUCAGAGGGCGCUACAGUCACGCACUCACAAGCAUAAAGAUAUUGAUGAAAUAGUUUAAAGUACAAUUUAAGUUCUUUUUAAUAUCCUUAGGAACUUGAGCUUGAUUAACAGGAGUAGUGGAGACCUACUCAGAAUUCUGACUGUAAUAGACAAAGAUUUUGUAUUAAUUACCUCAUCAUCCGUUAGUGUUUAAUUAAAUUCCUAGUGUUUUAAUGAAAGUCGUUCAAAUUUGCAUGUGUAGUAUUAAUUUUCUAGGGAAAUUAUUUGAUUGAUAUUUUGUUCGGGUAGAUAUCUGUGACCACCUUUUAGAAUUAUCUAAAAUACUGAAUGAGUUGAUUCUGAAUUGGUUGUUUUUACUUCUGUCUUACUUACCAGUACACAGCCGAUUAAAAAGGCAUUUUUCUCUGAACUGUGUUCCUUUAUAAUCUUUGAGGUUGCUAUUUUAUUCUGCUGUCUGUUCUGAAAGACUUCUUAGCCUUUGUUCAUUAAUCUUAGGAAGCAGGUGUGCAACAUGCCUUGCCCUUAAGUGGAACAUCUAAAAUUAGUCCUGCUACAAUCAGUGGCUGGGAACAAAGUUUCAGCCGUGUCUUGCAUGUGUUAAGCAGAUACUGCAAAGUUAGAAGAAACUGCCAAGCAAUAAAAUUCAUAUAAACCUGGUCAGGAAAUGGCAUCCUGGUUAUAUGAGUGUCUUUGUGAGGCUGAGCUUGCACAGUAUUAUCCUCAUUUUACUGCGCUUGGCCUUCAAAAAAUAGAUGAAUUAGCCAAGGUUACAAUGAAGGACUACUCCAGAUUGGGAGUCCAUGACAUGAACGACCGCAAACGUCUCUUUCAGCUUAUCAAAAUCAUUAAGAUUAUGCAGGAGGAAGAUAAAGCCCUCGGUAUCCCAGAGCAUCCUCUUCAGGCAAGCAGCCUGUACACCAAGCCUCGGGAAUUCAGAUCUGGGCCCCGAAGACAACUGCAUUUUGAUUCUCCUUCUGCCAGCAAAGAUAAAAUGGCCAACAAUGAAACAGGCAGUUUAUCCAACUUCUCUGUGGAUGAGCAGAAGUCCACUUACCUGAAAGUGCUGGAGCACAUGCUACCAGAUGAUUCCCAGUGCCAGACAAAAAUAAGAGCCCCGGAUGCCUCUGCUGCUGAUGCUUCCAUGCAAACGGAAACCAACGCUCCGCUCUUUUCAUCAAAUUACUUCUCUCCACAACUGGGAAAUUGUGAUAUUCCCGUUAUUCAAAGAGUCUCUCAUGUGUCAGGGUAUAACUAUGGAAUUCCUCAUUCUUGUGUCAGGCAGAUCACCUCAGAGAAUCCUUGGACUGAAAUGGAGAAAAUCAGAGUUUGUGUUCGAAAACGGCCUUUAGGUGUAAGGGAAGUACGUCGUGGAGAAGUUAAUGUUAUUACUGUAGAAGAUAAAGAAACUCUGCUCGUACAUGAGAAAAAAGAAGCAGUUGACCUUACUCAAUAUAUUCUUCAGCAUGUUUUUUAUUUUGAUGAAGUCUUUGGUGAGGCAUGCAGCAAUCAAGAUGUAUACCUGAAGACUGCUCACCCCCUCAUUCAGCAUAUUUUCAACGGAGGAAGUGCCACUUGCUUUGCAUAUGGACAAACAGGUGCGGGGAAAACCUAUACCAUGAUAGGAACUCAUCAAAACCCAGGAUUGUAUGCUCUGGCUGCCAAAGAUAUCUUCAGGCAGCUGAAAGUAUCCCAGUCAAGAAGGAAUCUCUUUGUGUGGAUCAGCUUCUAUGAGAUCUACUGUGGACAACUUUAUGACCUCCUAAAUAGAAGAAAACGGCUCUUUGCAAGAGAAGAUAGCAAGCAUGUGGUACAGAUAGCUGGCCUUCGAGAGCUCCAAGUGGACAGUGUGGAGCUACUCCUACAGGUGAUCUUAAAGGGCAGCAAGGAGCGCAGCACAGGGGCCACUGGUGUCAACGCAGACUCCUCCCGUUCCCAUGCUAUCAUCCAAAUUCAGAUCAAAGAUUCAGCCAAGAGGACAUUUGGCAGGAUCUCUUUCAUUGACUUGGCUGGGAGUGAGAGAGCAGCAGAUGCCAGGGACUCAGACAGACAGACAAAGAUGGAAGGCGCGGAGAUCAACCAGAGUCUUCUGGCUCUGAAAGAAUGUAUCCGAGCACUGGACCAGGAACACACCCACACGCCUUUCAGGCAGAGCAAACUGACUCAGGUCCUGAAGGACUCUUUCAUUGGCAAUGCCAAAACUUGCAUGAUCGCCAACAUCUCCCCAAGCCACAUAGCCACAGAGCAUACAUUGAAUACCUUGCGCUAUGCUGACCGGGUGAAGGAACUAAAGAAAGGCGUUAAGUGUUGUGCUUCAGCUACCAGUCAGAAUCAGACAUCUGCAAACGCCUCUCCAAAACGAAUUCAGAGCUCCCCUGUCACCCUCCCCGGGGACAAGUGCUCCCCCAAAAAAGUUAAGCUGGGACUUCAGCAGUCACUUACUGUGGCCCCAGGCCCCACAAAAGUUAAAGCCCAUCCUUUGGCCAGCCAUGUUCCCAACGUCCCCUUUACCUCUGGACCUAAAACCCCUGGUAAAAAAAGUAGUUCCCGAGGGAGUCCCACUCCAGAGUGGGACAUGAAGGCUAGCCCUCGCAAAGGAACUACGAGAUCUGGCCAUUCGAUAAAAAAGGGAGCAGAGUCGGCACCACUGUGCUCUGAGAAAAGUCAAAUUGGCAGCAAGAUUGCUGUUGGGUGGGAGGGCAGGGCCUCAGACCCAGGAGAAGGUCUGCUGCGUGUCAGGCUGCCCACGAGAGGGAAGAAGGUGCAGCCAGUCCAGCCAGUGCAGAAGCAGCUCCUGUCCCGACCUCGGCUCCUUGCUAACAGCCACCACUUAGAAGCCACUCAGGACAGCAAGGUGGGCACACCUGCCGGGCUUGCCCCCGAAGCCUGGACAAACCCCAUUCUACAGCAAAAGGAAAGGGAGGAGCAUUUGCGAUUCUACCACCAGCAGUUCCAGCAGCCACCGCUCCUCAAGCAGAAGCUAAAUUACCAACCCCUGCAGAGGCUUUUAUGCCAGCACAGGCCUUCAGAAGGUCGGCUCCAGAGUGAGACUGGCUUUCCCCUCCACUCUAACCCUGAGAACCGUGAUGGAGCCCAGGCUGAGGACCUUGAUGACAGUGACUUCAGUGAGGAUUCUUUCUCGCACGGCUCCAGUCAGCCGGCCAUGAAACAGGGGAGCACAGCCUUGGAAAGGAGCGGAAGUUCCUUCUUCCUUCAUCAGGACAGGGAGCACAGCCCUGAGGAGCAGGCAGCAGAAAGGCAGCAAUGUUUGCUUUUCAGCUCUGAGACGGAUGGCAGUAAGAAGCGGCCAGCUGACAGCUGGGUGUAUUCCAGGGACCCCAUCAUCAGCCACAGAAGAGGAGCACUCAGUCAAAGCCACAGCCCAAGUAUGGUAUGCCCAGACUGGAGCAAGGAGGAAGACUCUGCCUCCUCAGGACCUUCUCCUAAGGACAACCGGGCCCAGAAACCUUCCUCUUCACAGGUAGAUUUUGUGCAUCACCAAAAACCGGGUGAAGCUCAAGUCUCUGACAUCAGACUGGAGGCCUUCACAAGUGAGGUUCCUGAGCAAGCUGAGGGCAGCUUGUCAUCCCCAUCCCCGGAAAAUGGGCUGUCUUUUCCACUGUCCCAUGUGGCUGUUUCUGGAUCCCCAGACCAAAGAGACAGAGUCUGCACACCAUUAAGAGAAGUCAGUGAAAACAGAGUGACUCACACUCCAGGAAGAGUGAACAGCAGCACUCCUUUCCAAGAGGACUCUGGAGAGCAGAUACAGAUGUGUUCUGCAAAUGCUUCUGGACUCAUGGCUCCCCUCACUAUGUCCCUCCUGGAGACCCCCUGUCAUGAGGACCUUUCGUCCUUGGAGCAAAUUGCCCAGGAUGGAGCUGGCUAUGGUUUCAUGGCUGAGAUUGUAGGAGGGCCAGCAGCAGGACACACAGUCCCAUCUUAUGAUCAAGAGGCUGCUUUGCCAGUGUCUUCAGCUACUGAGUGCCUAUGGCUAUCUUCAUCUCCCCCUGACAAUCGGCCUAGUGGUGAUCUUCCAGCUCUGUCCCCGUCACCCAUCCACCAGCAUUCACCUGACAAAUUGCCCGGUAGAGAGGCCUACCAGACCAGAAGGCCAAUACUCUUGCCUGAGAAUCAUAUGGGUAGUAAGCUAUAUGAUGACCGUGCUGAAGAGACUGAACUGGGGGGCUCCCUCACAUUCCCCAGAAAGCCGUCCUCCAACAUACAUGCCGGAGUACCCUAUUCUACACCUUUCCUCACCUCAUGUACAGGAAGUAGUAAUGGAGUUGGCCGUCCCUGGGCCCAGGAGAGAAAACAUCCUACAGGGGUUAGCUGCCAGGAGCUUGUUUCCUCUACAGAUUCCAACAAGCCUCAUUACAACGAGGACAUCGCAUGGCUCAGGCACAGGCCAAUCUCAAGGUGCUUAGAUUCAGACUCUCCUGUGGUCCCCAGCUGUUCUUCCAAGGCCUUGAGGACAUAUUGUCCACUUACACCGGAGCAGGCACAGCAGGUGAUUAUCCGUGCACACAAAGAACAGCUGGAUGAAAUGGCUGAGCUGGACUUGAAGGAGGAGACCUUAAUGACCCAGAUGGAUUCUAAUGAUUUUGAAGAUUUUGUGACCCAGCUGGAUGAAAUCAUGGCUUUGAAGUCCAGGUGCAUCCAAAGUCUGAGAAGCCAGCUACAGCUCUACCUCACCAGCCACAGGCCCGCUGCAGCCCCCGAAAGAACUGUGGUGUCUUAGAGCAUGUCUCACUCUGGAUGGACACUGCUGUGCUCUCUGGGGCUGGAAGAGGCUCUGCCAGGGCCUUCCUAAAAACGACCCCUCCCUGUCCUGCCCCUAGGGUCAACCUAGCCAUACAUGGCCUUGGAUGACCCACUACUCAGGGACAGACCUCAUCUCAACUCCCAACUACAGGGCCACCUGUAACAAAGUACUAGGCUGAAAGCCUUCAUGUCCCCUUUUAUUUGGGGCUCAGAGUAGUAGUCACUUUGCCAACCUGCAUCUGUAGGGACUUGGUCUAUUAACUUUGUAGAUGUCCUAAAUUUGAGGAUAAGACUAGGAUGUUUAAUGUUAACUUGGACAUCGGAGGUCAGAGGUUAGGGAGCACAAGUUGAGCCAACAGCCUUAUUGCUGACAGUGCCUUUCUGUCUUCAAAGACACUGGUACCAGCCAGGCAGUCAGGUGAACUCCUUCCCAGCAGGGAGUGGAAAUUUAGUUUUGGAAAUUAUAAAAUGAACAACUCUUUUUUUGUUUUGGUUUGGUUGUUUUUGUUUUGGUUUGGUUUUGGUUUUUCGAGACAGGGUUUCUCUGUAUAUCCCUGGCUGGCCUGGAACUCACUUUGUGGACCAGGCUGGCCUGGAACUCAGAAAUCCACCUGCCUCUGCCUCCCAAGUGCUGGGAUUAAAGGCGUGAGCCACCACACCUGGCGAACAACUCUUGAUAUCUUUCUUAAGAGCACCUGAGGUCCAGGGUAUGCUUUUAGUUUCCUUCCCUGCAAUCCAGCUUUGAGGGUGCCAACAGCAGCACGGUUUUCUCAUUAAUUUUUCUUUUUUGCUAAAACAGCAGGCCCAUGUCAGUGUCUGCCAGCCCUCAUAGUUCUUGUGGCAGGUCCUAGCUCCUGUCUAUGACUCCUCAUUCCCAGUGCCUCUGAAUGAUUAAACAGGCUGGGAGAUCUCAGGCAAGUCUAUUGCCAAGGCUUGAGUGGUCCAAGGUACUAGGCCAGCAACACUCAAGGGCCUUUGCUACGGGUGUCUUGGGACUGAGUCUACAGUCAGCAGUCUGAAUCUUCUGACACAGCAACAAACACACAUCUCUUCAAAUGAGUUCUUGCUGUAUUGCUGUGUGUGCAGGACAGAUGUUACCAGGUACCCUCAAAUCAUUCUCUACCUUAUUUUUGAAGCAAGUGUCUCCCUGUUGAUCUACCCAGACUGAUUAGCCAACAAGUCCAAAAUUCUUGUCUCUCCCUUCCCUUCUCAGACCACCGCUCCAGGCUUUCUUUUGAGACAGUGCCUCUCUAUGCAGUCCUGGAGUUCUCUAUGUAGACCAGCUCACAAAGUAGUCCUGCCUCACAAAUGCCAAGAUUAAAGAUGUAGCAUACACCAUUACAACCAGCUACUCCAGGCUUUCUACGCAGUUCUUAUGCUUGUACCACAUACACUAACUGAACCAUCUUCCCAUCUCUUGUAUCACCUUUUAAACAGAGAGAACCCCAAGGGAAACAGCCUCCAAGAGUCCGUUAGUUUCAUAGGUCUUCCUGAGUUAACCUGAGAUUCAUGUGUCACAGCCUGGGCCCUGAAGCCAUUACCACAUACAUUUAAGAACUCUAUGGUUUUAGGAUGUUAUAUUUAAAAAGCCAAGAUAAGCCAGGUGUGACACUGUUCAUGUGUAACCCCAGCAUCUGGGAUGCUGAGGACUAAAUUCAAAGGAAUUAGCCGGGCAGCAGAGGAUUAUGGUCUAAACCUGGACUAUAGUGAGGUCUGGCUCUAUAAAAGAGCUGAAAGGCUUGUCUGGCAGCCACGGGCAGUGCUUGAACUGACCACCAGAUGGCAGCCUGUUCCUAGCUUAAGGCCUCUCACAUAACCACUAAAAAUCAGAGGCCAUUCCCAACCAAGAACACCAAAAGGAUGUGGGAUUCUACUAAAGAUAAGUACUAGAAAUUUUAAGGAUGAACUGUCAGCUAUAGGAGCACCACUGAGAGCCGGGGAAGCACUUUAACCUUGCCUGUGACUGGUAGUAGUCACAAGCAAAGGGACUUGACUUGUCAUAUUUUAAAGGAUACCUCAAAACCUGUAUACCCCUUCUCCACUUUAGCAAGAAAGCAUAUACCCUUGUUCCACAGGCUGCACUAGACCAGGUUUAGAGAGUCUGUAUUUAUAAAACAAAAAAAAACCAAAAAAACAAAAAAAAAAAGAUGAGACAGGAUGGCCAGCCUCUGAGUCCCAUAGGCCCUCAGUGGGAAAAGGAUACUGAUAUGAAAGGGACAACUAGGCUCUGUUCCAGGCCAGAAAUGACUGUGCUACCCGUAAUCUACCCACUGUCCUGAGUCAAACCAUUUUUCAAAAUAAAGAGGUUAAGGCAG